GGUGGUAAGAUAGCCCCGGACCGAACCGCCAACCGCUACAACCCGAUCGGCAGCGGCGGCGGCUAUGGCGGUGGGUACGGAGGUGGGUAUGGCAGUGGCGGGAGUUCCUUGGGCUACUCCAAUGAUGCGGCUGGCCAAUCCUCGUUCUACAGCUUCUCCACGCCUUCCUUCAGUGGGGGAAAUUACACAUCGUUCUCCGGCAUGAGUAAUAACUCUGGUGGCGGCGGCUAUAGUAGGUACUGAAGCCCAGCCCCGUGUUAAACAACAGCAACAACAACAAAACGUGUUCUAUGAGUGACAAGGAAAAAAAGAAUGGCUUUCACGCGGGGAGCUCUUUCAAUGAAUAACAAAAAAAAGCAAAAAAAUACAAAAAAAUAAGUAAGGAUUAAGUAACAUGAUGAAAGAUUAAAACAAAACAAAUAAGGAAUUACACAAAGCAAUUUCAUGUUUUUUGUAGAUGGAAAUACUAAAAUAAAAGAGGAAAAAUACACAGAGCUAUCAACCUAUUACCAUGGUUUUUAGAGAAAGUUUUCAUCAUCUUAUUUUUGUUGUAAGAGUGUAUUAUGUAUUCUAUCAAGUCAUUGUUGGUCAUUUUUCCCACACGAGAAGUGGCAUCGUGCAUAAACCUUCUUAAGAUGUUGCAUCGAUGGCUACAAACACUAGUUUAAAACUAAACAAAAAAAAGUUAAGAUGAUAUUGUUUAUACCAUGAAAUAUUCAGGCUUUAUUGUCAUUUCCAGAAAAAAUGUGCUAUGCAUUUUAAAUGCUUAGAUCUCUGGUGUAGUUGUCUUCAGACAUUAUUUUCUUUUAUGUUUAUUGCACUUUAAAAAUUUUUGAGCUCUGUUUGUAUUUUAGUAGAAACUGGAAGUCCAUUAUUAUAAUAAAUAAUUUUUUAAAGCAUAUGAUUUUCCAAAAUCCUAAAAUGAGUUAUCUUUUUUUUCUUUGAAGUAAAAAGCAAUGCUGAAUGUCACUCAAUUGAGAGAAUUUUUUGCUUUUGAUUUUUCUAGUUUCAUUUUCUUGUUUUAUGUUUCUGUGUGACUAGUGACAGGAAUUGAUGCCACAGCCAGGACUCUGCCUUUGCACCGAAGGGCAGGUGGUUUUUUUCGUUUUGUUUUUAUCUUUUCCGAUGACUUCGUUUGAUUUUUUUGUGAAUAUAUUAACCAACGAAAAUGUCGGACGAGUGUUCUUCAUUAAGUAUUUUAUUCUACUGUGGAUUUCCCUGCGGCAGACACGCACGCCCCUGUUGUUGUCACCGCAGUAGCUAGAUGAUGUCAUUCAUGAUGGUUAUUAUGCUGUAGUAUUAUUCAUAUAACCUAUAAUUACAUAAUUGAUGGUUUCAUGUAUCUUUUUCCAUAUAUUGUGUUCUUUGAUGCUUGAGAAAUAAAAAAAUAAAAAAAAAUUGAUUUUUUUGGUACAAUAAGGUGUUCUCUAAGUUUUUUCAUUAAAAGUGUUGGACUGAUUAUUUUCUUCAUAAUGUUAUAUUGGUCGGUAGCAACCAUACCUGAACAUAUUGUAAGAUUUUUUUUGUUCUCGAUGAAAAAAAAACUCAACAAAUGUUUUGUACAGUGCAACAUUAUUUUUGCUCACACUGUAAUAAGUUACUUGACAGAUAUAUUUAAUAAAGUGAAACUAUCAAC